GUCGACUGCUCUCGCCUUUCUCUCUCGCUCUGUUCGGCCUUGCGUUCAUGCCACGAGAGCUUCCCGGAUUCUUCUUUGAUGCAGAAAGAAACCGAUAUUUCCCCCUUGCUUCUCGGGCGUCAAAUCAGACUGCGCAAUCCGCCAAGGGAGUGGUGCAACAAGCUGCCAGACAUGAUGCACGCGCGGGUCCUUCUCAUAGGAUCGCGUCUACCAAUGAGCGCGUGCGAUCGCUUCACGACUUCCCGGCGGCCCUGAAAGCAUUCUCAAUGAGUCGAAACUCGCAGCAACGCCUGAAGGCCGCAGAUGACAUGUUCUUUGCGCGUCUGGCUUGUACGUCUCGAGAACCGUACAGUGAGCCUAUCCACUGGCCGUUUCACUCCACUUCAAGCAUCGGGAGAAGGGUCUGUGCGUUUAGAACCGGCCCCACUCGACAAUGGCUGGGUGACUCGCAGGGAUGGCUUUACAGUCGAAGGAUAGGCGAUGUCAACUUCGAAGAGGAUGACCUUUCGGACGCUGUGUUGCAUGCCUGGGUGCCUGAACUCUGCCUGGCUCCUGGCUCUGAAAUCUCCGCUCUCUGUAGCAAUCCCGCUCGCUGUGUUGCUAUCUGCUUCGGGCCGCAGACGAAAAUCUGCGUGCAAGAGUCGGAACUACCAGAUCGCACCGCCAUUUUCAAUGUGUCGACAGUCCGUGAUGUACGGGCGGCCAGUCUCGAUGCCUCUGGCGCGUCUCUUCUCAUGGGUGCUGCAGGCCGCACGGUGUUCAUUCCAUCGCUGGAUCAUUGUGGAAGUCGCUCUGGUUCCGUGAACACAUUACGCAGUCCGGGAGGAAGCGAUGUCUUCGCUGUGACUUUCGGUCACGAGCUUGACACCCACCUGGUUUACUCUGGAACCCGGUCUGGAUGCGUGCUGCGCUUUGAUACUCGGGCUGCACCCACUUCCGGGAAAAGAGGCGACACAAGAAUCCUCAUCGAAAGCACCACGAAAUGGGAUGGAAAUCGUGUGCAGGUGGCCCGGAGCUCUGUUGUGUCUUUGACGUCGCUGCGGGACGGCCAGGCUGUCGUCGCCGGGUUCCUAGACGGCCGGAUGGGAUUAUACGAUCUUAGAUUUCUUAAACCAGAGGCUGUCCCAGUCGUCCAGUACGCCGAGAAUGCGAACUCUGUCUCUGCGCGAUUGGGCGUUUGUGUCGAUGCCUCGGAACGCACACUCUUCUCGGCAGGCGAGGACUGUCGACUGCGUGGGUGGGAACUAUGGAGUGGAGCUGCUCUCCAUACUCUUGCGAAUUCGCAGCCGUCGACACACAGCCCAUUCCGUGUUCCUUUCAAUUCACCGUUGAUAACGCUGCAGUCGAUGGAAAACGGCGCCCUAUGGGGUGCUACUCAAGGGUCCUUGUGGAGAUGGCAAAUGGGUGUGUAA